AUGGGCUUCCUCAGCCAUCGUCGACGAGACGUCGAGGUCAAGCCAGAGCAGAAGUGGGAUUUUAUUAGCCUCAACGACUUCAAGUCUACCAAUUGCUGGACGCCGUUUGCCUACGGCUUCCUCUGGUUUUCUCUCUUCAUCUCCCUCGCCGUCUAUGCCGUUGAUAUCUUCACGGCCUACCAGCUUCUGGCCUUCAACAAGUGGUCAUCGCAAAUUGAACCCGCCCAGUUUAUCCCAUUCGACGUCUCGAAAUGGAUCUUCACCGUCUGCAUCCUUCUUUCCUUCGCCAACCUCGCGUUCGAGUACUUCCGGGCCGUGGCCAUUAUGCGCCGAGGAAGUGUCGCCGAAUGCUUUCUGGACAGCCUGGCCGCCCGCCUCGAAAGUAUCCGGAUGGGCAGCGGCCGCGGGUGGAAGCGGUUCCUCGUCUUCGCCGAGCUGACCAAGAGUAAAAAGGGCGCCGAGUACAUUGCGCUCUUCACCUUCUUCAGCUUUCAAUCAUGGAUUCGCACUCUCCUCUGCUCUGGGCCCCGCCAGGUCAUUAACGCUCUCACGCUCUAUUCUGUAUACCGCGUGAGCCUCGAGGUUCAUGAGGACAGUUUUGGAGCAUCUUUCACGGGUUUCUUCGAUAAACUCGGGCUGCUCGCGUCCGAGGAACCGCGACAGGUUGUCAUUCUGUCGGGCAUGCUUUUCACCGUCGUCAUCUGGGCCUUUUCGUUUUUGUCGUUGCUCCUGGCGGCACUGUUUUUCGUCUUCUUCUUAUGGAGUUACAUCCCGCGCGAGGAUGGCGGUCUGACGGGCUUCUGCGAGCGCAAGGUUAACAAGCGUCUGAAGCAGAUUGUCUCUGUCAAAAUCAACAAGGCCAUGGCCGAGGAGGAGCGAAAGAGGAGGAAAGCAGAGUUCAAGGCAGCCAAGAAGAAUGGCGAAGAGAGGCCAAAGUCGAUGAAACCAUCACUCCCUGUUCUUACUGACGACAGUCUUCCCGAGAUGCCUUCACUCAACCGCGCCGACACCUUCGCCUCGUUCUCCGAGAAGCCUUCUCGGCCGAACACCCCUGGGAGCUUUGAGAUGAACGCCAUGGGCCGGAAGCAGCCGAUGCCUCGGCGGUCGGAAACCAAGUUAACGACAGCAAGCGAGUACUCAUCUAAUGCGUCGCUUCUUGCGGGUGCUGCUGAGAUAGGUGUGGCCCGUUCGGGCUCGCCCGCCCCGACUCUGCCGCCGGUCGAGCUCGAUGGCUACCCUCCUGUGCACACUGCCACCUCAGUAUCCAACAGGAGUUACGGACCAGGUCCACAGCUCCAGCGCAUGGGUUCCAACGGCUCGUCGCUACGCAACGGAUACACAGCCAGCCCGUCCAUGUAUUCCUCGGAGACGAUGCCAUCCCAUCCGCCUCCCGUCAUGUCUCCAGGGCCCUACAGCAAUCAUCGAGGGCCGGGGCCAAAUCGAACCAGAGACAGGCUACCGUAUUCUGGCGACAACAGGUCACCAUUUGACGAUCCGUCGAGCGGGCGCGCGAGUCCCGCACCGUCGGCGACCACGUACCGCAUUGAUCCAAUGCCACCGCGUGGGAUGGGGCCGGACGGAUACCCCAUCCGCAGCGCCACCAAUCCCAUGCCCCCACGAGGCCAGCCGCAGUUUGCUCCUUCACGAGCCAUGACCCAGCCGAUGCACCCUUCCCAUCAGCGUUCCGAUAGCAACGGAUCGCUAAGAGGCAUGCAACACGCGGCUCAGCCGUACCAGCCGUACCGCCAACCGACCACGAGCAACAGUUCGCUGAGGAAUAUGGCGAAUGCGGGGUUGUAUGAAGCACGAGACAACAACAGCGCGUACGAAUUCUCUCAGAGGGCAACUCCAAGUAGGGAAGUCGGGCCCAGGGGACCUCCUCAUGGAGGAUACGACAAUAACAACGGGUGGAGUCAGGAUUUGGAGCGAGGCGGGUCACGAUAUUAA